AUGGAUACCGACUAUUUACUGAAUCUAGAACAGCAAUUUUAUCAGGAGGGCUAUGAGCAGGGAUCCGGUGAAAAGGCAAGGGAGAACUACAUCGAAGGAAAGCAGUUCGGUCUCCAGGUAGGAUUCCAGCGAUUUGUCAUUCUAGGACAGAUACAAGGGAUCCUGGAGGUUUUAAAAAGCUCCCUUGUCGACGGCAGCAACAUUCUGAAGAAUGUUGAGAGCAUUGACCGGCUUCUGGCUGAAAUCGAGAUGAGUAAUGAUGAUGCUGCUGUUGCCGAGUACGAAUCGAGGAUAGUCAAGGUGAGAAACAAGCUGAGAAAUGUGUUAUUGUCACUACAUAGGCAAUCCGGGAGUGCUUCAGGGGAUUCAUUGACUUUGGAGGACGUUGAGGAAGCUUGCACUAAAGUUGCCGGGCAGCUGAAGGCCUAUGUCGAUGAGGGAAACGAAGAAGAAGAUGUGAAUGGUCAAGAUCAUGCUAUGGAGUGGUGA